AUGGGUGAAGGAUCUUCCCAGAAAGUGCAAGAUGUGACCUUAACAACAGCACACGAGAGUCAAACUUUUGAACAAGAACAACAAUUUGAUCAACAUUCAACCAUUGGUGAUGAUGAAUGGGAAGGUGAAGAGGAAGAUGAAGAUGAAGACGGCCAGCCAAUUUUGAGGCCGAAGGUGGUAUCUGAAGAAAGGACUAGGCUUCAACAAAAAAAAUUACAACGAAGACCAACUGGUACUAGAAAAAUUAGCUUCAAGGGAGAUGAAUUUGGUGUCGUGGAGCCUACCAAUAUGCCUUAUUCACCAAAGAAAGUUACCUGUAAAGGCAAGGCAGCAAUGACCUCAAACCAGUUGGUUGCAGAGAAGGAAAAAAAAGUUGGUAAAUUAAAGACUAAGAAGGCAAGAUUAGAGAAGAAAUGACCAACAUUUAGGAAACGUACAUAUUUUUCCAGUGACUAAUUCAAGAAUUUGCUAAUUUUGUAUUGAUUCAUCCUUAAUUAUUUUUGUUGUGCUCAACAUAAGG